AUGUCGAUAACCAUCCACUCCCAAGUGGUCGAGCUUGACUGCUUAAUACCUAGAGUCGUUGACUCCGAACGCGAAGAUGGAGAUGUCCAACAAUUCAUCCCCUGGGUCUUCCAACAAUCAAACCUUAUGGACUGGGACUGCACACAGAGCUGGCCGGAAGAAGAGCUUCUCUUCAAGACCUUGUUCGCUCAACUCGUCGACUAUAUAGAGGAGCAAGGACAUGAAAAUUUGAUUUCAGAGAUCUUGUGCAAGGAGACGGGGAUAACCAAUAUUUUGAAACCCAGCGAGACAAUCACGUUACCUAGGAAAAGUUGGAGGGUCGGUGACAGGUCGAAUCAUGUGCAGUUCCUCCACUUGCAGAGCCAUGUUUUUGGCGACUUGAUGCGAAGCAUCUAUAGUAGACUUGAGGGUUUGGAUGAUGAAGCACCGAGGCUUGAGUAA